GAUGUGGGAUUAUGAAGGAGACCUGCCUUCUCUCAGGAAUCACGUUCUCUCUCGCCUCUCCGACUCGAUGAUGAUUAAAAAAACCUCGCUGGUCGUGCGCGAUUAUACAUUUCCUCGGAGUCGACGAAACGCUCGCUGGAACAACGAAAUCUUCUCUUCGAAGUGCAGGUGCGCCCAGGUUUGGAAACACCAAGCAUCUUCAAGCGCACGACCGACGAUGAGCGUCUUGGUGGGAGGCAAAACUCUCUCUCCGGAGCUCAGCUGAUCAUUAAAGCUGCUGCUGGCCAGUCAAACUUUCACGCUCGGCGAUACGCGAGCUUGGCGAGCGAGCAGCUCGCCGCAACUGAUUCCGAGGUUUCCGCGCUUCGUUUUCCGAUAUCUCUUCCGAGAUAGCUGUAUCGAUACCCUGCGCGAGAACGAGAGACCCGGGGAUAUUAUUCUUCGCCAAUUAUGUGCUACGAAAAUUCGCCGACGUCGGAAUGAUAUAGGCAGCUGCUCUACCCAAGAGAAGAGACAGAUAUCGACGAACAACAGUCGAGUUCUAAUAAAGUUUGGACUUGUUUGCCGACUAAAAGCACCUCCGGAAUACACGAAAGAGCAGAGACUUACUCGUCGCUGUACUUGGUCGAGAGUUUCCGUGCCGUCGCGGUUGACUUACAGCGGACGUUCAAUUAUUGGGACCGAUAACUCGAUUAGUAGGAGGAAGAAUCGACUGAGGAAUCCACCGGAGAAAUUAUUUGCGCUCGUGUCGCUCGCUCGCGAGUGGAGAGUCUCGCGAGACGCCAACGCCAAGAGCUUCAACGACUGAAUGAUCACAGACGGCAAGAUUCCGAUGCUGAGGAAAGUCCAAGUAACGAGGAACGACAAAGCUAUAGAGUAAAAGCUGCGUUAGCAAAAAUCGAAUAGACGCUCAUAAAGAUACGACGGAAAUUGGCGGCGCGCUCCUCCUCCUCCUCCUCCUCCUCCUCCCGAUUUCAAAUUCAGCUUCAGACGACUCGUUCGCGCGCGUUAUGCUGCGCGACCGUGCCGCAUCCGUGCCGCCGGCAAUGAUACGAGGCUCGAAGAGCCGUACGCGGACGAGUUUCCCGAUGGCGCGAGAAACCUGACGCAGGAAGCGGCAGCGAUCCUCUCGAGAUCGAAUUAGCGCGACAGGUGAUCGUGUGUAUGAAGCAAGCGUUAUUAGUGAAAGUCGCCGGCGCGUACUUACACGGCACGGUGCAAACAUCAGCGCGCGGACUGGCGUGCGAUAUUCCCGACGAAAGUCGCGAACUGGUAAAGAGGGUCAGCAGCAAGAAGGCAAGAUCAAGAGAUCUUCAGUCGGCCGUAGGAGAAAGGGAAAAAUGCUCGAGUGAAAAUGACAGGCGGCCCUGGUGGCGUUCGAAUUUCGACACGCGACGUCGCGGGAGAUCCUUGCGGGUGGAAGGUGGUUUGAACUGCGUCGCGGGCGUUUCUUGGGGACUAUUCUUCUCCUUCCCUCCUCUCCGAUGAGUGUCGCGGACGGAAAGAAGUCGCGGUACCUGAGCGGGAAUUGCUCGUCGGAAGAAUAGAUUCGAAGAAGAUAAACGAGAGCGCGCUGAUUGCAGACUCGUGGCCGACCAGCAACGUGCGACGCGCUCUCGCAGGAGGACGAUCUGAUCCCAUCGGUGCUGGCUGGAUCCAGCGAACUGGAGCGUGAGGGCCAGACUCCCCGUCGUCAUCCCGGUUAUCCGACCGGAAACGGGCCCGAAGAGUUUCCCGCGUUUCCCGCGUUUCUCGCUUCGUCGAUGCACAAAGAGCUCUCGUGACGAAAGCAGGCCGAUCGAGCGUGACGAGAAUUGUCCAUGGUGAGAAAAUGACGCCAGACUGCCGAACGAUUGUCCUUCUCCAUUGAAGGGUCAUCAUCAUUUAUGUGCAAACAACGAGACCUCGAGGAAGGACCACCGGAUAUAAAUCAGAGAGGUGAACCAGAGGUGUGAACUUUCCCGCCGGUGGCGACCGAUGAGUGGCGACAUCAGUUCCGAAAGUGUACACCGCUUCAGCAGUAGAAAACAAACCUUCUUCGCGAGGAUGACGCGCCUUUCCGUUGUCGCACAUUGGCUUGUCCUGCUUUUGGGCAUCUCCCUGGUGACGAUCGAAGCCGCGACAGGAUACAACGUCCUGCUGGCCACCAUGGGUGGCACCAAGUCCCACACGGUGCCCUUCAUCGCCCUCGGUACGAGCCUGAGGUCGCGGGGCCACAAUGUCACGAUGCUGAGCGCUUUCUCCGGUCCAGCGGCGAAUAAUGGUCUUCACGAACUGGUGCCGUCCGUUCUCGAGGCCUUCGUGGAGAAUUUCACUUCCGAGUGGGACCUGGUGGGCGCCCGGUUCAGAAACGAAGUCCCGAUUUUGCCGUGGGACGUCAUAAGGUACGCCUGGAAGUCGUGCGACUCGCUGCUGCGCGACGCCAAGUCGAUAGCCGGCCUGAGAAAACCGGACGGCGAUCCGCACCAUCGAUGGGACGUCGCGGUGCUCGACGGUGCUUAUCCCGAGUGCCUGUUGGCGAUCCUCCACGGCGAGAACAUACCGACGAUAAUGCUGAACACGGUCGCAUUAUACAGCGGAUCUAUCGCGCAACAAGGCAACCCGUCGCCAUGGUCAGUGACACCUUUCUUCGGCGGGCCGAUUACGCAAGACAUGACCUUCUUCCAGAGAGUCCUAAACGCGGCGGCCCUACUUGGAAUGAAUUUGAUGCAUUGGUUCACAGUUACGGUCUUCCUGCGACCGACUCUACAGAGAUACCUCGGUAGCCAAAUACCCGACCUGUACAGUCUGACGAAAGAGGUUCCCUUGACACUGCAGAACAAUCACUACAGCGUAGGAGAUUCCGUGCCUUACAUGUCGAACGUCGUGAACGUGGCGUGCCUUCACUGUAGGCCGGCGAUGCAAUUAAGCUCCGACCUGGACUCUUUCCUACAACGUGGCUUCGUGUUUGUCUCGAUGGGAACGUCGGUGCGAGCUUCCGGAAUGCCGGAGGCGCUGCGGCAGAUCUUUGUGGCGGUCUUCUCCACGCUACCGUACAACGUCGUCUGGAAGUGGGACGGUGGCAAGAUCAAGGAUAUGCCGGCGAACGUGAGGACAGACGCAUGGUGGCCACAGCAGGAGCUGCUCGGCCAUCCGAGGCUACGCGCUUUCGUUUCCCACGGCGGACUGUUAUCCCUGCACGAAGCGGCUUAUCACGGCGCGCCGACUCUGGUUCUACCUGUCUUUUGCGAUCAAGAUGGCAAUGCGGCGCAAGCUGAGAAACUGGGCUACACUCUGGUGAUGGAUCUGGCUGGCAUAUCAAUCGGCGCGCUUCGCGAAGGUAUACUCAAGGUCGCCGCGCCUCGCAAUAAUUCGUACAGAGAGGCCGCUAAGAAGAGAAGCGCGCUGCUGCGCGACUUUCCGAUCGGGCCCCGAGAAUUGGCCACGUGGUGGGUGGAACACGUUGCCAAGCACGGUGGAGCCGAUCAUUUGAAGAGCUCAACCAGGUACAUGGGAGUGAUGCAUUAUUACAGCCUGGACGUCGCGAUAUUUUACAUGCUGAGCUCGAUUCUCAUCAUUUACGGGCUCAAGAAAUGCUGCUGGCGAGCGGUGAUCAGCCAGGAUUUCUUCAAGAAGAAAGUAGACUGAUCGAUCACCUCCCGAGGUCUUUUUUGGCCAAUUGUUAUUUAUUACCACUUAUUAAUUGGGUUAAAAUGGGAUUUAUGUAUAUCGAAAGAGAGCAAGAGAGAAAGGGAGACAGGGAGACAGAGAGAGAGAGAGA